AUGGAGCGACAAGGCCCGACGACACACAGCACCCUCCAACAAGCGGUGGAACUGCUAGAACGCAGCCAAAAGCUGCUGAGGUCGGCCAGCCUAAAGGAGGGCACCAGCACCACUACGGAGGCACGGGUAAGUCAGAUGACUACGGCGCAGCAGCAGCGGGACCCGGUACUGCGGGCCGCCUACACGCGUGGGUGGGAAGACCGCACCGUCGUGUUCCAAAGGGCGACGAGCGGUGGACCCACAACCGCAGUGCGGCUCAAUAGGUCGCGUAGCCCCAGACGGGUGACCCGACCGGCGGCCAACACCCGACCGGCGGCCAACACCCGACCGGCAACCACAGCACGACCAGCGGCCAGCCCCCGACCGGCGCCACCACCGGCGACAACAAGGGCCUCACAACGACCGCCACCGCGACCGCUGAUGGAGCGGCCAAUACCGGCGCCGAGGUCAUCAACCAUCCAACCUUCAGGAACGACUGCCAACCCGCUUCCAGCGUCGAACACCUCCGCCGAGACGACAAAACCGGCCACGCUGAACGCCCGCCAACGCUGGAAUAAGCAGCGAAAGCGAGACUACAAGGCCAAACACCAGCAGACGUCCUAG